AUGUCAUCAAUACUACACUCUUUGAUCUUAUUGUCCUUGAUCACUUUGCCAUUAGCAUUGGGCAUAUCAAGUGAACGUAGCAACAAGGAGGUUACGAGGAUGUACGAGAAAUGGAUAGUAAAACACCAAAAAGUGUAUAACGGUUUAGGAGAGAAAAAACAAAGAUUUGAAAAACAAAGAUUUGAAAUAUUUAAGGAUAAUUUAAAAUUCAUUGAUGAGCACAAUGCUGAAAAUCACACUUAUAAAGUUGGAUUGAACAAGUUUGCAGAUAUGAGUGAUGAAGAAUAUUAUGAUAAUGAUAUAUUGCCUGAGUCUGAGUCUGUUGAUUGGAGAUGGGCUGUUGGUAGUAUCAAAGAUCAAGGAGAAUGCGGUAAAUCUUGUUGGGCGUUUUCCACAGUAGCAGCAGUGGAAGCGAUUAACAAGAUAGUAAUAGAAAGUUUUAGGAAUUUAUUUGUACAAGAGCUUGUGGACUGUGAUAGAACAAAAAGUACAAGGGUGAAAGGUGUUGUUACUCGCAUCGGAAGUUGUGGAAGUUGUUGGGCAUUCUCAACAAUAGCCACAGUGGAAGCUAUACACAAGAUAGUCACAGGGAAGCUUACACUGGACCAACACUAUCCAUACAAGGGAUUUGAGGGUAGAUGUUAUCCAACAAGGAAAAAUGCCAAGAUAAAAGCUGUGGCUCAUCAACCUGUUAGCGUUGCUAUUGAGGCUUCUGGAAGGGCUUUGCAACUCUAUCAAUCUGGUGUAUUUACUGGUAAAUGUGGGACAAACUUAGAUCAUGCUGUGGUGGUUGUUGGAUAUGGCUCUGAAAAUGGUGUUGAUUAUUGGUUGGUAAGGAACUCAUGGGGGGGCACUAACUGGGGUGAAGAUGGUUACUUCAAGAUGGAGCGUAAUGUGAAAAGAACUUACACAGGAAAGUGUGGAAUCGCAGUUGAAGCCUCAUACCCAGUGAAGUAUGGUCAAAACUCUGCAGUCACUACUAAUUCGGCUUAUAAAAAUACUGAAGUGCUUGUUAGCAGUGCUUGA